CCAUCUCCCUGCCUCCCUCCACCCUCCCCCUCUCCUUCCCUCCCUCCCUCCUUCCCUCCCUCCCCUCCAGAAUUAAAGUUGGGACAGUCGCGCUCCGGGGAUGGGUGCGAGCCAACGCCUCUGCUGCCGGCUCGCUCUGCUCCCUCCCCAGGUCGCCCGGAGCCCGCUCCCCGGCCCGCCCGCCCAGGAGGGAUGCUGCUGGGGCUGCUCCGCUGCUGCUGGCCCUCCCUGCUGCUGCACUGUGCCCUCCACCCGCUCUGGGGCUCCGUCCAGAUCACUCGGGGUGAGCCCCAGAAGUCAUGCUCCAAGCCUGUAGCGGAGAAAGUCACAGAGAGCUGCCAGGAAAUCUGCCAGUGCAGGCCACCUCCACUGUUACCACCACCUCCUCCACCUCCACCGCCCCCGAGGUUGCUAGUGGUGCCAACUCCCAAGUCUACUUUUUGUCCCACUGAAGAGACCUGGUGGCCAGGCCUGGUUAUUAUCAUUGCAGUAUGCUGCGCCACACUAGUGUUCCUCUUCGUAGUUGUCAUCAUUUGCUACAAAGCCAUAAAAAGGAAACCAAUGAGAAAAGAAGAGAACGGAACCAGUCGGGCUGAAUAUGCAAUGACCUCCUCUCAAAACAACAAAACAGUUGAUAACAAUGCGGUCGUAUAAUCCCUGGAACCCCGCUGAGGCGCAGGAGGUGGUAAACUUUCAAAGCACACACGCGGAUUAUGCAAGGUGGGUGAAAUAAGGCAACGAAAGGAGCUCUGUGGCCCAGGACUUCAUUUCAGAAAUAGCGCACGCAUCAGUGAUUCAGAAGAGAAAAGCAGGCUGCUCUUCAGGCUUGCUGCUUCUCCCAGGGAGGAUAAACUCGCCCACCUGGGCUGCCCGGAGAAGAGGCCUCACAAAGGCAUAAGCAUUGCAUGCUGCAUCUCGUGAAAGCCAUGUCGCAAUGCCUCCCGCUUCUUCUUCCUCUCCCCGCCUCCCCCCCAAAAAAACUUUUCAGUUUGAAUUGAGCGUCCAAAAAAAGCUGCUUAAAUAGGAUCUUUUGAGGAGAAGGUGAUCUGCCAGAGUGGCAGCAGCUGAUUAUAAGUGGGUCUGAGGGUCAUAAGUAGGAGGUGUCACCUACAUCCUUCUCCAGCCUGGGCAGUUUUGUAUGCUUAUAUUUCAUUCUUACCAUUCUUAUUAUUUUGUUAUUAAAAAGGGAAAAAGGUUUCUGUUAAGCCAUCAAGCAACCAAAAAUUGCAUUGUGAACUUGUGACUUAUCCCAGAAAAUUCAUCUGCGGUCUGGUGACUAUGCAAUUUCCAUGGCUGAAGACUUUUCAGGCAAAAGAAAUCAAAAUGUAAGAUUUUAGCAAAUAGCAUUGCUCUUGAGAGGGAGAUAUUAUUAAGAGGUGCUUUGAACAUUAUUACUUCAUAAUCAGCCUCCUUUUUUGCAUCACACUUUAUUUUUUACCUUUAAAAAGUUCUUCCUUUGUGAAAUUCUACAUGUCUCUCUGUGUUUGCAUCACACUGAUUCCCUAAGGAAAACCCUAGAGGAAAGAUGUCCUUUGCAUCUUGGCAUGAGCAUUUGGGCGGGAUUGUGUUGAAAUGACUAGCAGCCCUUUGAAGUCCUCUUCAUUCACUGGUUAGUGUUGUUCCCUGAAAGUGUCGAGUCUCCUGAACUGACCCACCGAGGACAUUGUAGGUCUGGCUUGGAGGACCACUUUUGAGGGUUUGGUAAGCUGGUUGUGCCCACGUUAACUCAGUCUCUGCCUCUCCUGGGCAGAGACUGCCAAUCGUGCCAAAUUCAGCCUCACAGCUUAGUGUUGUACUUCCCGUGACGUGGAUCGCAGACUACUUAAAGCAAAGCCAAAUCCACCCAAAUUCAUUUCACGUAGGAUCUCAGGUUAGACUCAGUAAGUAACCCUUAGGAUAAAGGCGAUGCUGGUCUUUCCCCACCUCCUGAAAACGUUCCUUCAUGUCACACCUCCACGUGUAUGUCUCCAUUUACCUCUGUGCUGAAAGUAGUGAUGCAGUGAAAGACAAAUUUCCACCCUGGCUUCUUGUCUGGACGUCAAGCUUCCAUACCACUCGGUCUCUGUGUCCCAGGCGCCGACCCAGUCUGGCUCCAGGACGCGGCUGCGCCCCGACCAUCCCGUCCCUCAGUACUGCAACACACCGAUGCUUUCAGUUUUAUAUAAGGAUGUGCCUGAACUGCAAAAACCGGACCUUGAUUUUGAACGCAUUCCUGUCUGCGGUUGGUCUAUCGCUGGGAUGUAGAGUUUGGGUUGACGAUAGAGGAAGACGAUGUUCUGCAGACCUUCCCCGAAAAAGCUCCGGGAUGCUCAAAUCAGCAGUUUCAGCUCAGGCCCAUCUCUACUUUUAUAUUACCUGUUGAACAAUAGAGUGUAUGUAAAUAUAAGUACCUUUUCAAUGAUAAAAUGAAAUGCUGCUAUAUACUGCUGUUGAGGAAUUUAUGAAGUUAUUCAGUUAGCUUUUUAGCCUGUCAUCGCUAUGUAGAAGUUUAGCUACAUAAAAUUAUUUUUCAAAGGCUAGACUUUCUUGAGAGGUGAAUGCAAUUAUAAACGCGGAAGGGAAUAAGUAACCCUUUGCCCAGGAGUGCGAUCGUUCCCUGCCAUAUUCAUGUUGUGUUCUUGCACAAGACACAGUGAUAUGUUCUUAGAUCCAAAGUGGGAUUAAAAUGACAGAAUUUACACUUUGAGUCUAGUAUCCCAAAUGUUGAUUGCCUAAAGCACUUAGCCCCUAAAUACUAUAAUAAAAAUAUCGCAAGUAUAUUUCUAGAAUAUUUUUUGAGCUAUAACAUUUAUUUUGGUGUAGUUACCUAUGUUUGCCUUUCUUUUUUUACUCCAGUUGUUUCUGCCUAAACGUGGCAUAGUUUGAGACUGGUUGCAUGUUUAGCUGAGAGUAUAAAGUGUGAAUGCAGAUGAGUUUAGCAUGAUACGGGCUCAGGAUUAGCACUUUCUCCUGAAGGUUGCUGAUUUUAUUUAUUUCCUAAUACAGCUUUAAAAGCAUGUUCUGUAAGGCCAAAAUCACACAAGGGAUUUGUAGCUCAUUAUGUCCAUCAAUAUGUGUCUGUUUUUGCAAGAAAAAGUCUGAAGAGAUGGUCACCGAAGGCUGUCUGAUUGUCAGUGAUGCCAAUGGUGAAAUGUCCUCACUGGAGAAGCCCCUGGUGCAUGACAUCAACCACGGGCAAACCCACCCCAGACCCCGAGGUCUCCUCCGGAGAACAUAAAAACUUGACGGAGAGUGGGAAGACAGGGCAUUUUGAGGAGCAGCAUAUGAGGACUAGGAUCUGUUUUCAACUCUGCCACUGAUCUGCUGUUUACUAGCAAGCAAUUUUGCCUCUCUGUGCCUCAGUUUACCCUUCUGUUUAAUCAAGGUGAAAAUCCUUCCCAGCUCUGUGGCAGAAUUUUCAGAGAUACAGAUGUAUCCUAUUUGUGUAGGCAGAUUUACACUAUCAGUACAUCCAACAGGCUGAUAUUAAAUAAAUGUAUUUGGGCACAUCGUUGCCAUAAUAUUUCAGAAAUAAAUGUUCCCCAGUGUGUUUUUUUUAAUCCGUUGGCCGCGGAAGAGCAGCAGCAGGAAACAGGCAGAGAGAUACUCUUCUGCUUGGCCAGAGCCUUUGCCCUCGGCCCUCGCACAGCGGCACGGCGGGGAGAGAUGGGAAAUCCUCCACGGGGUAGUUUUGCCAUUACAUUCCUUCUUGUCUCAGUAUAGUUGACUGCACUGUACCAAAAUUUAAGGUGGUCUUCAGAAAAGCUCUUGGAAAAGUGUGCUGGAAGCAGAAGCCUUCAGAAAGGCGAGGCCAGAGAGGCAGCGUGGUUGGUUGGGGAACGAUUUCUGAAGUUUUCUGGUCUGGUUUAAGGUUGCGGUCAACACUCCACAGACUACUUGACAAGCUUUUAUGGAAGAGCUUCUGUGCUUCCUUGUUGUACUACAACUGAAUACAAAGGGAAAAGAAUAGGUUUGAUGGACAAGGGCUCCACUAAGCAGUGACCCUGGAUCAGGGGAACUGGCGAUCCAAAAUACAGCUUUACAAGCAUUUCAAGGUUAUUUUUAGCCACUAAAAUAACAGGCAUAGAAAAGUCCUGCACAGCUCCCUUCACAAAAUAGCCGGAUCCCAGGCAGAUGCAAAGGUGGCCAACUUCUACGCAGACAUUAACCGCUCUGCUCUGACCACCACCAGACAGGCCCAGAAAACUGCCCUGGUCAGUCUGAGGGAGAAAUCAGCUCCAAAUUUCUUCUUAAGGAUCACCACUAGCAGGGAACGCACUUUAAGGGCCCGAGCUGCAAAGUGUUGAGUUUCCUCGGUCCUCAGCAGCGCCGGGAAGGUGGAGCUGGAGCCCCAGCACUGCGCCCUUCCUGGCUCAGACCCGACAGCGGUGUGACCGGGAAAGCAUCUCUACCUUGGAUAGGUGCUGCAAAAACAGACAUGGAAGGAAAGAGGAGUGUUUUACUAAGUAUAAGAUAUAAAUAUAUUGAUAUAUAUCUAUACAGAGACCUAAUUGUCCAGUCUUGCAUGCCAUAUGGUCACAGCAUGUGAAGAGAGUGUGGGCCUCCUGCUCCAGCCAGGUCAUGACCAUAGAUGCUGCCAAGCGAUGGAGAAUCAGGCCUAUGGUAGAUAUGUAUUUACAAUACUCCCUGCACCUGUACAAACAAAAGUAUAUUAUUUUAAACUGCAAAAUAGUGUGUUUAAAUCAAUGCAUGAAUGUAAAUAUUCUAAGAUCUGCCUUCUUGACUGUGUACCACAUGUACAGAUGAAAACAAAUAUUGUUUAUAGGAAAUCUGUAUCAGUGGUUAAAUGACUAAAGAGAAAAAAAAUAUCAGAAUUAAUGUUGUCAUGUUUCUCAAACAAGCCAUUAAUAUAUAUUUAGUAUUUAAGGAUAUUGCUCAAUAAGUAUGUUCCGUACCAAAAACUGUGUUGCAUAUACAGAUUGUGCAGUACCCUAUUUUAAAAAGGCACCAUAAUUAAUUUUUAUUUUAAAUAAAAAUGUACUUGUAAAAAG